UUGUACAGUGACCCGACCCGACCGACCCGACAGGGGCCCGACAAAUCUUUCUUUGAUUAAUGGCGAAGUAGGACGUCGGCGAUGGUGAUUUGAAGCCGAAGGACCCGGGGAGGAGGAGGAUUAUUCGAAGUGCGAGCCGGAGAUGAAGAACAAGAAGCGGAGGAGAGAGCAGCCCCGACCCACGAUCCACCCGAGAAACAAGUACUCCGAGAACCCGCCCGAUUUCGCGCUCCUGGCCUCCCUCUACCCCUCCUUCAACCCCUUCGUCUUCUACGGCCGCGACGGCCGACCCAGGAUCGACUGGACCGACUUCAACGCCACCCGCGAGCUCACUCGGGUCUUGCUCCUCCACGACCACGGCCUCGAUUGGUGGAUUCCUGAUGGGCAACUUUGCCCUACGGUGCCCAACAGAUCUAAUUACAUCCACUGGAUUGAAGACCUUCUGUCAUCAGAAAUUAUUCCUAAGAUUAAUAGCAAUGUAGAUAAUAUUAGGGGAUUUGACAUAGGAACUGGAGCAAACUGCAUUUAUCCCCUUCUUGGUGCAUCUCUUUUGGGGUGGAGCUUCGUUGGGUCAGAUGUGACGGAUGCGGCAUUUGAGUGGGCAGAGCGAAAUGUUAAAACUAAUCCACAAGUUUCAGACCUAAUAGAAAUUAGAAAGGUCGACACCUGUAUUGAUGCUGUUCUUGGGGAAGAUUCUUCCAAGGAGGAUCUCCUAUUCUGUGGAAGCAAAAGCAUUUGUGGCAAUAGCAUAGGUAGAGAGUUGGCACCCAUAUCUUCUUCAACAUGUGAUGAUGCAGUUGAGGAAAAGAGUUAUUCAGGACCACCUAUCCUUUUUGGUGUGAUCAGGGAUGGUGAGACAUUUGACUUCUGCAUGUGCAAUCCUCCAUUUUUUGAGUCCAUGGAGGAAGCAAGUCUGAAUCCGAAAACUUCAUGUGGCGGGACUCCCCAAGAGAUGGUUUGUCCUGGUGGAGAGAAGGCUUUCAUCACUCGCAUUAUUGAGGAUAGUGUUAGACUGAAGCAUUCUUUUCGAUGGUUUACUUCAAUGGUCGGGAGGAAAUCAAACCUCAAGUCCCUAAUUGCCAAGCUACGAGAGGUUGGAGUCACCAUUGUGAAGACAACUGAGUUUGUGCAGGGACAAACAUGUCGAUGGGGAAUUGCUUGGUCUUUUAUACCUCCUGCCAGGAAGUUGAUUUCACCUUAUGUGGCUGAGAAAAGCAAUCUGUCUUUCAUGCUUGAGGGCCUUCAACGUCAGUUUGGUGCCACACAGGUCUUGCAGUCAGUCGAAUCCUUUUUCCAUGAAAAUGGCGCAUCCUGUAAAUUGAAUGUUCAUUCAUUUUCUGCUGAUAUUACUGCAUCAAAUGAACAUCUAAAAGGAAUUUUGAGGAAUGAGGUGGGGCUUCUCGAGGAACCUUUUGGUCGAGAUUGUGAGGAAAAGCCACCCAGUUCCUCAGACACUGUGCCAUGUCCUUCAGAUGACUUAAGUUUUCGUAUAACAGUAUUUCAGCAAAUUCCCGGCACCCUGUUAGUGAAAGGAUCAGUGCAGCGUAAAGAUGGCUCAAUUGCAGGAGUUUUUACAUCCAUCUUCCAGCGGUUAGAGGAAGUCCUGAAACAAAAGUUUUGUAGAGAGAAGGCUUCUGUCGCUAAUUUUUAGCAGAAUACAUGCCAUCAAACUAUUACCUACGUCCGAUGCAAGCUCGAAUGGAUAUUCUGCUAGAAGAAAUCCCAUGCUUAGUAUCUCCGGCAGGAAAACUCGCACUGAGGCCCUAACUGCCGCUCGUGAGCAUCCUGAUAACUUAGAACUUUUUGACUCCGUGCUUGGAGGAGGAAACUGAAUGCGCAUCACUGCAUUGAUCUUUUGAAGUUCCAUUGAUACUUGCUUUUCCAGAAUCUUGUUCUAUAUACAUUACCUGCAAUUUGCUAGUAAUUCCCAAUGAGUUCUGUUUCUACAAUUUGAUGAAAGUCGUUUGUAAUAGAUUUGAGUUUGGUAUGGCAUCCAUUAUUAAGCUUUA